CUCAAAAUUCCCUAAAAAAAAAUUAAAUUAAAUAUUGAAAAAUGACGAAAUUGCAAGAAUGGCUCGCAGGUUUAGGCAUUUUAUUUGCCAUUUGGUUUCAUUUAAUAACUAGUAAAGACCAUAGUACUUUUGCUAAUGAAAAUUACAAUGUAAUUUUAUAUUCACCCAUUGUUUUUGUACUUAUUUUUGGUCUUUAUGCUGCUAGUGUGGUGCUCUACAGGGUGUUUACCUUUAAUGACUGUGAGGAAGCUGCUAUGGAGCUACAGAAGGAAAUUAAAGAAGCUAAAGAGGAACUAUUAAAACUUGGAUUCAAAUUUAAAGAAAUGACAAAUUAGAUGUACAAGAUUCCUCAUAGUCAUUGCAAUGAAAUGUCCAUUGCACGUCAUUAAUGAUGAAAAUUGUUUAUCAAAUUGAACAGAUAAAUCAUUGGUGUUGGUCAUAUUUGUUGAUUUUCAAGAUUGAAGUGGGUAAUGGACAGUUGCCAAAUCAAUAUUUAAUAAUAAUAAUGUCUUUAUUAAAUAAAUUAUUACAUUACAUUUGAACCAAGAAGGAGAAGAUUAGCUGAAGCUACUUCUUAACUUUUAACCUUCUUGGUUUACAAAAGAAAAGAAAAUAAAAAAAAAAAAUGGAAAAAGUAGUUAGAAAUGGACAAAAGCAUUAAAAGAGUUGUCAGGCAAUAGUAAUUAAGCGAAUAAUAUAAAAUAGAAUUUGAAUUAAAUGUUCAGAAAACAAUUAUUUAUUGCCCAUUAAGGAGAAUAUUUUUAAUAGUGUAACGAAAAUUGUUAAUUGAAGGAAGAUACAUAAGAUGCUGAAACAAAUUAUAAAACUUAACUAAAUUAUAGGUAAAAGAAUUGCUCAAACAGUGCAGUAGAAUGGUGUGGCCAUGGUAAGAGUAUUAAAUCGGAUAUUACAAUUCUGGACAGCAUUUCUAAAAAUUACCUUUUCAAACAAAUAUAAAGGAAUCCUAUUUUUAAAUAAGCGAUACAAGAAAGUUAGAAAAUUUAGCUGAAAUAAAUUGUUAACGUUUAACCACUUAAGUUCAUUAAUGUUAAAGGAUAUGUGAUCGUAUUUCCUAAGAUUAAAAAUAUACCUACAAGUGUUUUGUACACGUUGUAGCUGGUUUUGUGAGGUUUUAUCAAUGUAAGGGUAAUAAAGUGUAAUGCAGUAGUUUAGAACUGAAAGAAACAAAGACUCACAAAGCUUUUUAUGCAUUUUGAAGUUUAAGAUAUGCUUGUUGGCAUAUAACAUCUUUGAAGUAACAUUUGAAUAUGGUCUUUGAAUCUAAGUGAUUGGUCUAUGAUUAAUCCUAGAUUUUUGGUUUUCUCAGAAAAAAUUAUUCCAACUCCACCCAACUCGAGCCUUAAUGAACCUUCACAUAUAUUUAUUUUGGGUUUACUACAAAAUAAGAUUGCUCUGGUCUUAGAUGGAUUGAGUGUUAUGUUCUCUGGAACAUUUAAAAAUGGCAGCUAAAUCCAUAUUUAUAUUAUUGGUAUUAGGAAUAUCUGUAGGUUCAAAACAAUGAACAAUCUGUGUGUCGUCGGCAUACAAUUGUAUUUCCCUAUUUCUAACAACUUUUGGCAACUCUGAAGUAUAUAUAAGGAAUAACAAGGACCCCAAAAUGGAUCCUUGAGGCACCCCCGGGACAAUAAAUUUGGAAUUUGAAAAGCUACAGGGUGGAGCUAGUUGCUCCCUAAACUUAGGACAGUUUAUUUAAUUAAACCUGUUUGUUUUUGAAAAUUAAUUUUAGCAUAUGUAAAAAAAUUCUUUUCUGUAUACUUAUUUCUAGUAUUUUAAACCGUUAAUUAUUUUUCUUUUUUUUUGCUCUUGACCGUUUUCUUACAGGGUAUAAGGAAGAUAAGUGCUUUAAUCCUAAUUUAGUGGCUACCUUUAGCAGUGACAGCCUGGAAUUUUAUUUUUACUCCACUUAGUUUACCUUGAGUACACUCUGGUGUGCUACAGGGUCGCAGAGUAAACUGUGUUACCAAAAUUGGCGCCAGAGCAACCCCUAUUCAUAACUCACCAUCAUAGCGCCACACAGACUUCCCGAUUCUUUGUAAGUGGAUUCGGAAGCGUGUUACACUGGGUUUGGCCAUUUUACUUAACUCGAUGUUGUAACUCGUACUUAAUUUUUCUUUAAUAGUUUUUUAUAACGUUUCAGUUUCUUCUUUGGUCAAACAUUUAAUAAUUACGGAUCCGGAAUUACAGGGUAACCUCCUUAAUCCAAACACCUAAUUGUCAGACCUUCUGCGGAUUAUCGAAUUGUUCGGAUUAACGAAUAUACAAUAAAACACCUCUUACACAUUUUUAGACCUUUAGAUCUAUGUUUGUAUAUUGAUUUUUGUACAUUUAAAUGAAUUAUCAAACUACAUAUGGGCGACGCGGGCCACGCUGCAGGUCUUUUCCUGUCAGCGUUCGGACUAUCUCGCAUCACGAUUUGCGUUCGGAUUAGCGUGGGUUCGGAUUAUCGAGGUUGCACUGUAGUUGUUUUUUGUACACCUAUUUUUAAAUUUUGUAGCUUAACCUCCCCCUCAAUGUCUUCCUUUGUUUUCUGUCGAUUCUGACGCAUUUUUGGUCUAAUAAUUAUCUUAGGACGAUUGUUUUUCACAUUCUUCGUAUUAUUUUUGGCAAUAUGAGCAUAGGUAGAUGUAGAAGCGCCAUGGUUAGCAGAUUCACUAAUUCUAUUUUCCAAGUCUGUAAUUUUACUUUUCAGUAUUUCAAUAAUGUCCUCUUUGUCCUUUAAUAUUUGGCAUUUAUCAUUGAUUUGGUCACGCAAAAGUUCAAUAAAUUCAUAAUUAAGGCACUUAAUGCACUGGAUUUUUAGGACACGACAAGAUAAUGGUAAGCAUCUUAUUUCAGAUGCAGUUAAUUUGGAGCAUUCCAAACAAAUUAAGUUUCUACAGGAAUCACACGGGUAGCAUGGAUUCAGUUCUUUAGUAGGUUGCUUGAUUUGAUUGCACAAGCUACACUCCAUCAUUAACCAUAUUCUAUAUGCAAAAGUAUAUUUUCCCGCCCGCCACUGCGUGUACACAAAACUUCACUGAUUGUUCUGUCCAAUGAUUCCCUUCCACCAAAUGAUAGGUGUUACAUUCUGCGAAGCAGUCCAAAUGAAAUCUUUCGCCCACAUACCUUCGUGCGCUCUAUAAUUGGCAAUUUCAACAAGCAACUGUUCAUGAUCAAUUAUUGGAGAAAUGGUAUCAUCAGAGAAAUGUGAACUUCUUGCGAAGCUAACUAUGUGUUCAAUGGCAUCGAGUUGUUCUUCAGCACUUAAGUAGCAACCUUGUGCCUUUGGAUCUAAUUGACAAGAUGCUUUAUGUAAUUUUGCCUUGCGCAAAUAACACCUAAAAGUGCCACUGGCCCCCUACCAAUAAUAUAAGUAAAAAAUGACAUUUACGGAUGUGUAUUUGGAACUCAAGAGUAAGAAACAUAACAAUAAUUUUUAAUUUUAACAGGAAGUAGGAUUUGUGCAUUAUUAAUAGAUAUAAUUAUUAACGGGAAAUGCCUAUUAGCAUAUUUUUUGUUUUUGGAAAAAUCAAAUUAAAAGUUUUAACAUGACAGAAACUACUGUAAUAAAAACCAAUAUUUUAUUAUAUAAAUUUUAUGCACGAUAAGUAAGGUAAAAUAAUAUUUUCAAUUUCAAUAUAUUUUUUCUCUGUAUAUCAUUUAUUGCGCUUUAUUAAUUUUUUUCUUGGUGUAUUAUACCGGCCAUCCGUCUCAUAAGUCAAAUCAAGGUUACAAAAUUUUAAUCUCUGAACUUCAAAGGACCGACAGUUAUUGUCGCGUCUCUGUGGUUGUUAUUCUCGGAUACAGGUUUAAUGAAUUACUUAUGUAAAGUGUCAAAAGAUGGAGUUCAAAUUAAACAUUAGUUUUUAUAAAAUGUUUCUUGAGAUCCUCGAAUUUUGUAGCAACGUGGCAACGUCUAUUUUCAUGAGUUUAUGAGGUGCAUUGGAAAUUUCAUUGCAAUGACUAUAUCUAUUAAAAUUAAUGAAUCAUGCAUUUAAUUAAAAUUAUAACCAAACAAAUUUAACUCUGUCUACUUUAGAAACAUUACUUUUAUCAUGCAAUAAACUAUAACAAAGUAUCAUAUAGAUAUUUUGAUUUGAAAACAUUUAUAAAUCAAAUUUUCCU